AUGCUGCGCGCGGCGGGCAGCUUCGGGCGGGCCCGGUACCUGCUGGCCGCCGCCCCGUGGCUGCCGUGCGUGGCGCCGGGGUUGGCGCUGGGCUCCGCGCUGCUGCUCACCGCGCUGCCCGCGCACUCCUGCGGGCCGGACCCCGCCCGCGCCCGCAGCCCCUGCCUGCCAGUGAGCUUCCCAGACCGCACGGCCCGCGCCCGCCCCAGCGGCCCCCCGCCGGCCUGCUUCGCAGCGCGGCCGCCAGCUCUUCUGCACCUGCCCCUCCGCCCCCUUCCUCUGACCCCCUCCUCCCGUCCCGCCUGCGCUGCUGCCCUUGGUCGCCUGGGGCUGCCGUGCUGGGGCUUGCGAUUGCGGGGGGCCGGGGGGAUCAGCCCCUCCCGUCUGACGAGGAACCUCAUGUGUGAGGACAGCUGGAAGGUGCCGCUGGAGCAGGGGGACCACCUCCUGGGCUGGCUGCUGGGCUGUGUCCUCCUUGCUUUCCUGCCCUGCUGGCUCUGCAGCUGUCUCACAGGGGCCUCCCUCACCCUCUUUGUGGCUCCUGAGGGCCCUUCUCCAGAAGGCGGCCGGGCGCUGUCUGCUCCGUGGGCUCUGCUUUUUGCGGGGGGCACAUUGGCCUCCGACGCCCAGGUUGUGGACCAGUCAGCGACGGGCCCCCACAGCCCUGAACAGGGCAGCCCUCCCGAGAGGCCUGGGCCUCAGGCCACCUGUGUCUGUCCAGGCCUGGCGCUGUGUGAGCCCUGCGUCGCCUGGCAUCCUCCGUGGGGACCAGCCCCUCCGCUGUGGCUGCUGCCGCCCGGCCUGGCCCUGCUCGCGCAGCACUGGCGCCUUCUGCAAGGGCUGAACCUGGCAGCGGGACUCCUGCUGCUCUUCUGCGGGCUUCCAGCCCUGUUCCCCGAGUCUCCCUGCUGGCUGCUGGCCGCAGGGAAGCUGGCCCAAGCCAGGAAGAUCUUGAGGCGCUUUGCGGAAGCCAGCGGUGUGGACCCCGAGGACAGCUCCGAGGAGCGCUCCCUGGCUACGGAGCUGGACACGCUGUACACAGGCAGCCCCCAGCCCCAGCACCACUGGGUCCUGGAGCUCCGGCACACCCGCGUCACCAGGAGAAACGGACACAUCCUGGGCUUCAGUUGGUGCGGGGGGGGGGGAACAGCCAGCUUCCCACGCAGCCUGGCCCCGAGCCAGCCCGCCUUCUAUUGGCCCUACUUCCUGGUGGCCGGCCUGGAGGCAGUGGCCACCGUCUUCCUGCUCCUGACAGCAGACCUCUGGGGGCGCCGCCCAGCCCUGCCGCUGGGCACCUUGGUCCUGGGCCUGGUACCCCUGCUGCUGCUUGCAGGGGCCCAGUACCUGCCCGGCUGGACGCUGCUGUCCCUCUCUGUCCUGGGGCUUCUGGCCUCCCAGGCCACGUCCACCCUCAGCAGCCUCUUUUCCGCUGACGUCUUCCCCACAGUGAUCAGGGGGGCCGGGCUGGGCCUGGUGCUAGGAGCCGGGUUGCUGGGCCAGGGGGCCCCCCUGCUCACCAACAUGCACAGCCUGCAUGGCUCCUUCCUGCAACACGUGGUCUUCACGUCCUUUGCUGUCCUCGCCCAGCUGCGCGUCCUGCUGCUGCCCCAGUCGCUGCAAGACGCCGACCGCCUGCACUGCUCCCCGCUCCUCUGGGGCCGCCCCCACCAAGACCACCUGCCUCUGCUGCUGGCGUCCCUCCCCCAGGCAGGGACACAGCUGGUCCAGGGGGAGUGA